CCUGCUUUGGAACAGUCCAUAGCCAGGGACAAGGUUUGCUAGGAUGCACCAAAUCCUGCCAUAAAAGAAACAGCAAACCGCGACUGUCAUCAAGAACCACCUGUUACUGCACUAUCGAACUCCUUGUAUAUACUUUCAAUACCUUCCGAUACUAUUAUUUAAAUUGAAAAUAGAUGUCGUAUAAAACACGGGUCAUCAUAGACCCCCUGGCAAGGUCGAUGGAGCAGACUAAUACCUCUAUAAUCAUGACUCAUUUUGAGCCAAGGACACACACAGAAGGCGAGAGUGUCAUCACUGCAGCUUCGGGCUGAACCUUAGACAGAACCUGGUUGGACUGACCUUCAGCUGCCGGGCUGACACAAGUGCACAUCAUGCGGACACUUGUGUGGCAUGCCGUGGUUGCUUCGUGUCUGCUGUUUCAAAUUGUAUCAUCCCAAACCCAAAAUGUAUCAUCCCAAACCCAAAGUCCUACCCAAAGCUCCCCAACUCCUUGUGAAACUCGGACGCUAACAAAUGACACCGGAUCGUUCACCAGUCCAAACUACCCAAGCAACUACCCAGACAGACAGGUCUGCCGGUACGAGAUCUCUGUCACUCCGCCCAAAGUCGUCAGGCUGACCUUCACGGACUUUGACUCGGAGGAGCAUUUUGAUUUCGUGUACGUGUAUGAUGGGAACACAGCUGAUGCCACACACCUGUUAGGGACGUUUGAUGGUACAACCAUACCCAGACCAUUGACGUCGACUGAGAGCUCCAUGGUUGUUAAGUUUGAAACCGACAGUUAUGCAAACUUUAAGGGAUUUCAGGCCUACUACUCUGCCGUGGAUAAAGCAUUUGCUAACUGUGUAGUCGGCCAGUACCGGUGUGAUAAUGGAGUGAGCUGUAUAGAGUCUUCGAAACGGUGCGACGGGAAAAUUGACUGUACAGACGGCAGUGACGAGGAUACAAGAAAUUGUGCUUGUCAAGCCAUCCCACCAAAUCUGACGCCAUGCAGGGGCCUUGAGUACAAAAUGACAACACUCCCCAACCCACUGAACAACAGUCACAUCAUGACCGACCAGAUUGAAAACGCUUUACCGUUUUAUCAACCGUUCAUUCGACUCAUCAACUCUUACUGCCACCCCCAUGUUGCACAAUUUGUAUGCGCCACCGCUUUUCCUCGCUGCGAGUCCAGUCCUAGCCUCAGGCAGCUGCUGCCCUGUCGGUCUUGGUGUGAGGAGGUGAAGUUCUCGUGCUCCUCGAAUGACUCUUGGUCAGUUUUCCCCAGCUGCGAGAUUUUCCCUCACACCAACUGCAACAACGUCAGGCCUUCAACGACUCCGGAGGGUGUUGAGUGCUUUGAAGGGAAUGGUGUAAACUACAGAGGGAACGAGGCCAGAGAUCCUAUAGCCGGAGUCUCUUGCACACCAUGGGAGGAUGACCCCAUCUACGGAGAAGAGUUUCCUUGGGCGAACCUCGUGGAUAACAAAUGUCGCAACCCUAAUGGCGACCGCUAUGGGCCAUGGUGUCUCACAGGAAGUGGAUUCGAGUACUGUGACCUCAUUCCCUGCAAAACUUCCGGGUGUAAAGAUCCCGGAAAACCUUCGUUUGGACAGAGGAGUCCGGUUCUGAAGUUCUACUGGCCUCAAGACAAGAUCACCUACACCUGUGACACGGGGUUCAAGUUCGCUGAAGAUACGCACCCAAAUACAGCCCGUUGUAUUACUGUUAACGAAACAUCAGGAGAGGUCAACUGGAAAACACCAAAACCUAGAUGCGAAGUCGAUCAAGAAUACAAGGUCCGAAAAGACCUUCUGAGUGAAAAUGUCUACGACACGGGGGUACCCUCUACUAAUCGAUUGAAAAUAAAAGCAUACGUGGUCAACGUCAUCGACUUGGAUGAAAAGUCAGAACAGAUAGUAACGUCCUUCAAGGCUGAAUACUCCUGGAUAGACAAUCGGUUGAAAUGGGAACCCGACAGGUACAAAGAGUUAUCCAGGAUCUUCGUUCUUGAUGAACGAGUCUGGAGACCAACAUUAACACUGGAGCGAAAUGCAGACACAGGCUACAGUGGCGGAUUCCCUACGACACAGGUGAAAAUUGAGCACACCGGUGAAGUCACCUGGCCUAUAAAGUCACUGGCUACCACGACCUGUACCCUGGACCCUUUCCUCUUCCCACAGGAUAACAUGACAUGCGCAGUGUGUUGGACUGCUGGUGAAGACGACACGAUAAAGUGUUCCGAUUCGACAACACAUAAAGACCAAAAGUUCCUGACCUGCCAAACUCCACAGGCCGACAUUAUCACGGGAGAAUGGAGUGGAAAAGCAACCCUUUCAGCCAUAAACAACACUGCCUGUCUGACUUUGAAGCUCAAAAGAGACCCCACUUAUCAUUACGCCACAACCAUCUCUCCCUGCCUCAUCCUCAUCAUCCUCAUGAUCAUCACCUUCAUCAUGCCCAUCGACAAAGGUGACAGGAUCGGGUUCGGCGUCACCGUGCUGCUGUCCAUGGUGGUGUCGCUAGUCGUCGUCACGGGCUUCCUGCCUGUGUCAAGCACCCUGCCUUUCAUUGCUAUACUGAUUAUCGUGUGCAUGGCUCUUAUGGCUCUAUUCAUGCUGUGGACGGUCGUCAUCAUCAUCAUACACGACAAAAAGGGACCCGUCCCCACAUGGGCGCGGACGCUCUUCCUGAAGCACUUAGCAAGGGCCCUAUUGAUUGGUGACAUGACCAAGAAGUUGAACAGGGAAGAGCCAAUAGGAGACAAUGCCAACAAGAACGUGAAGGACAUCGAAGGACUUACCUGCCACACAUUCAAGAUGUACGGCGAGGGCCCAUCUGCCGGAGAGGACAUUUCACCACCGAAAGUGAAGAACGAGGUCGGAUCUACCCUCAUUAGGUUGAACGGAAGCGUAGAUGAGUUGAAGCUCAGUGUUAGGCAAUUGUCGAGCAGCAUCAGUGCUCUGGCACAGGCAAGUGGCGGUGAUGGCGAUGAAGAAGUUGCAGAGUACGCUUUGCUAGCUAAGGUGCUCGACAGGGUGGGGCUGAUCUUCUAUGUCGUUGCCAUCAUUGUGGCCAUCCCAUGCACCCUGCUGAUUGGUCGUACUCGCGUCUUACCUUCCUAAAAUGAAGAUGAUGUUCAAUUGGAAGUGCUAAAUAUUUCUCGCAGGUAAUUUCCAAUUUUCAAAUCCAACAGAAGCCCAAAAUAUGAAUAAAAUUUCUGCAGAUUCGCGACAUUCUAUAUGGCAUAUUCGAUAAGAACGAAGAGCAUUGAAAACACACACGUUGUAAAAUCACAAAAAUUACAAAUAUGGAUUUUAUAAAAUAAAGUAAUUUUUAAAAACUUUUACCAAAGUCUCAUAACAGAUGCUCAAGGAAGCCUGUUCAAGUACAGACUAAUUAAUAGAUUCAAAGAAAUCAUUUAAAGAGAUAAACUUUAAAGUAAAUUAUUUUACAAAUUAUAUUACUGGAGAAGACAUUCUAAGGAACCAUAAAAUGAUGGCAAAGUGGCCACAUGAUUCUGAUUAAUGAUGUUAAGGUUGUUACUAGCGCACACGUGCCUAUAGUCAUACAUGCAUAUUUAGUAAAAUCUUAUUCAAAACAUUUGCUAUGAUCUGGACUAUUACAACGAUAAA